AUGCCAAUAUUAAGUAUUACACUGCGCCAAAGGAACGGUUGCCCCCAGCUGUGGAGUGUGCCGCAUACAGUGGACCGCCACGUACGGACUACAGACUACAAUGGUAACUUUCAAUAUCAACUUAAUAUAAUAUUUCAGAUUCCCAGGUCCACACCUCUAUGUCGCUGCCUACUCCAUACGGAGACGGAGUACUUUGUGAAUUUCUUCUGUCGGGUGGGGCCUCUUAGCUGCCGCUUUUAUGAGGGCGCUUCUGGAUUGGCCUGA